AUGCUUGAAAUGGACGUAGAUGGUGUCAAACGAACUCUACUCAACAUUGUUGAUAAGAGCAGGAAUGGGACUUUCAUCAAUGGCAACCGGAUAGUCAAGAAGGAUAGCAUCCUGAAGAAUGGCGAUAAGCUGGUCUUUGGAAAAAGCUGUUCGUUUUUGUUUAAGUACAUCUCUGGCCAAGGUGAUCCAAGUCGUCCACAGAAUACUGUUGGUACUCGCUCUGAAGAAGGUGUAUUCAAAAAGCCCAAGGUAGGGCUUUCAAGUAGCGAGGCAGGCACUCGGAAACUACUUAAACCUAAGUCCCAGUCGGUAUUUGAUAAGUACAUUAUUGGGAAAGGACUUGGAGUGGGGCAUUAUGCUACUGUGAGAGAAGGUGUCAAUAAGAGUACCGAGGAAGUUGUAGCGAUCAAGAUCUUUCAUCCUCAGCAAAACGAUGAUCAAAAGAAGAAUAAGCAAUUUCGAGAGGAGAUCGACAUCCUGAUGCGAGUAAACCACCCCAACAUUGUCAAGUUACUGGACAGUUAUGUGGAGCCGGUGAGCAAGGCACAGAUCCAGAAAUACUUGAUCCUGGAGAAGAUCGACGACGGCGAACUCUUUGACCGAAUAGUAAGAAAAACGCAUCUCCGGCAAGAUGAGACAAAGGCUCUUUUCAAGCAGAUUCUCACUGGUCUGCAGUACCUGCAUGGCCUCAAUAUCAUUCAUAGAGAUAUCAAACCAGAAAAUAUACUGUUAGAUAUCAAGAGAAGAAAGCACCCAGAAGAAUUACAGAACGGACCUUGGGACGAUGAUGAGAUUGACAUCCAAGUGAAAAUAGCUGAUUUCGGCUUGGCUAAGUUUACGGGAGAAAUACAGUUUACAAAUACGUUAUGUGGGACACCGUCGUAUGUUGCACCUGAAGUUUUGAAAAAGACAGAUUACAGUUCGAAAGUAGAUAUGUGGAGCGCUGGAGUGUUGCUUUACGUUUGCCUCUGUGGUUUUCCACCAUUCAGCGAAACAUUGGGUCCUCCAUCACUGAAAGAGCAAAUUGCGCAAGGUAGCUUUGCCUUCUACUCACCGUACUGGGAUGAUAUUGAAGAUUCGGCCUUGCAUUUGAUCACUCAUUUAUUAGUCGUCAAUCCAGCGGAUCGCUACAGUGUAGACGAUACGAUGGUACAUCCCUGGUUCGACCAUAGUGCUCAAAGCAGUACCAUUUCAAGUGACAUAGAGAGACUUCAGGUUUCUCCGGCAAAGAUUCCUAAAACAUAUUCGGAGCUAUCUCAGGUGUAA